GAGGAUGAGUCCAAGUACUUGUUGGCUUUGCAAGGUAUUCAGAGCAGAAGAAAAUGGGAUCAGUUCUAAGGUGUCUUUGGAGGAAGUGCUGCAAUGGUCCCAGUCUUUUGAAAAGCUGGUAACAAGUAAAUAUGGGCCUGUGAUUUACAAGACCUACUUGAAGACAGAGCACAGUGAUGAAAAUAUGGAAUUCUGGCUUGCUUGUGAAGCUUAUAAGAAGAUCACAUCACAGAGGAAAAGGACUUCCAUGGCCAGGAAACUUUUUGCAAGUUACAUUCAGCCCCAGGCUCCCAAAGAGAUUAACAUUGACAGUCCUGCGAGGAAAGCAAUUAUAAGGAAUAUUCAAGAGCCAACACAGUCCUGUUUUGAAGAAGCACAGAGAAUAAUUUACAUGCACAUGGAAAGAGACUCUUAUCCACGAUUUCUUGAAUCAAAGUUCUACCAAAACCUCAAACACAGCCUUCAAAAUAAUGGCAGCAAUUCAAUGGUAAAUUAAAUAGAAAGGCUGAAAAUUUAGAAAGGUUUCUUGUGGCAUAAAAAUGUUAAAAUUUUAAAGUAGACAGAAGAAACUGGGAAGUAGACAAAUAUUACUACUAAUCUGCUCAACUGUUUUAUGUUAGAAUUGAUGAGGCAUUGUCUUUCCUCUUCCCUUUAUUUUCCCAUGGAACA